AUGGAAUACUAUGACCCUGAAGACAUCGGACCUCGCAAAUCGCCGCUGCUUGCGCCGGUUCGGCCCAGGCUGGAGCCUGACCCGCUGAACUGGGGAAGCGACGAUGAAACUGACCUCGAGGACAUCAUAGAUAGCCAGGAUACGCCCUGGAACCGAGCCCUUCGAGAUGGAAAACGACCCCAUGGACGGGAUGAUGAUUUACAGCCGAGCCUGCGCAAAAAGAACCGACAUGCAGCAAAUUGGAGAGACAUGAUUCUUGUGCACGAGAUGGAUCCUCGACGUGGCUGGGAUGUGGCAGCCGAGGCCGCACGAGACCCUUUGCCACCCGAUGAGUCUGACUAUCUGGAUGAUUUGGACAACCGAGGCAAGCUUACAGCUCCAAGUCAGAGAACCCUUGCGGCUGAAGCCAUCCAGGCUGUGUACAUGCCUCCAAAUGCCAGAAAACCCCUCGAACCUGAGAGCCAGUACUCCCCAGAAACACCACCGCCUCCAAAGGACGUUCGAUCAAGAAGGCGAAGAAAGCGCUUUGCUCUUCCUCUACUUGUGGCUCGUCCCUCAGGCGCACCCAUUGAGGUCAUGGCCUGCCCCGACAGCGGCUCAGACGAAAACAUUAUAUCGCUGGAGCUGGCAACUAGCUUGGGACUAAAGACGCAGCAGAACAGCUCUGAUGAGCCAAGACAAUUCACAGUCGCCAACGGGAAGACCGUCACGGCAGUCGGGCAAGUCUCUACCAGUUGCAGAUUUGCUGCCGGCACUCCUUCGGAUAUCACGAAUCUCGAGUGUAUUUUCCAUGUUUUCAACACCCUGGCCGUUCCUCUGAUCAUGGGUGUCGACUUUUUACAGCGGACAGAGACCUUGAGCAAGCAUAGAGAUCGACUUGUCGAGCAAGUGGUUCCAGCUAUGCAGUCACUGAGAGUGAAUAGCGUAGGAAGACCCAAGCGAAGCUUGGUCUGCCGGCUUGACACCUACGUGGGUUGUGCUACCGUGGAUACUGGAUCGGACAUGGAUCUUGUCAGUCCCGCGUUUGCCAAGGCGAGAGCUUACAAGAUUGAACCCGCAUAUGAGCAGCUUCAGUUUGCAGACUGUAGCGUAGGCUGUACCUCGGGCGUUAUCAAGACUUCACUCACCGUGGGAAACGUCAACGACGUAGGAUUUCAUCCGCGUGGGGAGCCGAUUGACCUUGAGCUCUUCGUGUUGGAUAACCUCAACGCAGAUAUUCUAGUUGGCCAAGACACUGUCGACAUGCUGGAUGUUUUCAACUUGCACAGCGAAUCACUUAUCCCCAGCAUGCCUCGACUAGGAGAGUCGGACAUCAACAUCAUCCGUCACAUAGGAAGCUUAGAGAAGGGUGUCGCAAAUUUAUGGAACAAAGUCAAGAGAAAUCUUGGCGGUAAUUCACCAGGUAGUUCCGAUGGUGUGACUGGCGGCCCUGAAGCCCAAGUUGACAUCGAUCAACGAGAAAAUGCUCGACGGGAGCGUGAGCGAGCAAGGAUCGCGACCCUCUCGGGCUCCGACAGACAACGAGCCCAAGAGCUUGAAGACAUGACUAUCCAAGCCUUUGAAACCGGAAGGCAAUGGCGUCUCUCAACCCCCCCUAGCAUUCCAGAUUCGCUCGCCGCCAUGACGCCCAGUUCUCCAACGUCAUCCGUCUCACCGAGCACCGAUCAUUCUGUCUCAACCCCCGCUGCCUCUGUCUCUAUUACCGACCGCAUGAGCAUCGAUGGAAUCACAAAUCCUCAGCCUACCACAGGAACAGGAGCAUACUUCAUGAUUCACCUGGUUAUGUCUGCCCAUUCUGCCCUGAUAGAGAGAACAAGUUUCCACGGCCAGAUCACCUGCAGCGGCAUGUCCGUGUACAUCACGUCGAUAAAGACAAAGAUGAUUCGAUACUUCGAGACGUAUUGGCCCAACGGCCUGACGGCCCGAAUAGAGGAAGACGAAGAAGAGGCCCAACCUCUUGACGUUUCAUACGACAAGAGUAACCCGGCCAGCAACAAAAAGAAGGAGCGCCUUGGAAAGAGGCGACCUCUUCAUCAUCCGAUGGUCCCCCCGGCAAAGAAGCGCAAGCUUCCCACCGCGACCGGCCCCGCCCCGAAGCGAUCCAAGAACAUCUCGAGCUCCAAGAAGAAGACAAACAAGGCGUCGCGUCGCGCUGUUGACGCCUCUGCACUUGCGUGGAAGUCUGUAGGCGAGGACUUUGGCGGUCUCGAGGUGAUUGAGGGCGUCGACGUGGUCAAGGAUGGGGAUCGGGUGCAAUUCUUGGUGGCCGGCGAGACGAACACGAUAACCAACGACGACGACGACAACAACGAACAUGCGGACGAAUCUUUUGAAGGGUUUGGCGACGACCCUGUGGAGGUCGGGGAUAUCGAUUCCGGCGAAGCUGGCAGUGGUGAAGCUGGCCUGGAGGGCGAGAAGUCUGAAGCAAAGACUGCGACAAAAGAAGAAAAAGCCAGCAAGAAGAACAAAAAGAAGCAGCGCAACAAAGAAGACGAGCAGCUGGUCAAGACCCAGAAAGUCGUACAAAAGUCCUCUUCACGGGGGGGCAACACGUUUGACGCGCUGGCCGAUGGCCAAGAACAAGAAGAAGACGUCGACGUGGCGGCCUGGGUUCCGCUGAACCUCUCGCCGCAGAUUCUUUCCGCUAUUGCCAAGCUUGGGUUUACGAAGCCGACGCUGAUUCAGGAAAAGACUAUUCCUGAGAUCGUGGCGGGUGAGGAUGUCAUUGGCAAGGCGCAGACGGGUUCGGGAAAGACGCUGGCUUUUGGUAUUCCUAUGGUGGAGAGGUGGUUGGAGUUGUAUGAACAGGGUGUUGAGAGGACUGGACCUAUGGCUGUGGUUCUCAGUCCGACGAGAGAGUUGGCAAAGCAGUUGGGUGAUCACCUCAAGGCGCUUUGCGAUGGCUUGUCGAAUGCGCCGUACGUGUGCGUUGUGACGGGUGGAUUGAGUAUCCAGAAGCAGCAGCGACAGCUGGAGAAGGCGGAUAUCGUUAUUGGAACGCCGGGACGACUGUGGGAGGUUCUCAGUGGAGACGCGACUCUGCAGAACACCUUUUCCAAGAUCAAGUUUCUGGUUGUUGAUGAGGCGGAUAGGCUGUUCAAGGUUGGACAGUUUAAGGAGGCUGAGGAUAUUAUCGGUGCUCUCGAUGGAAAGAGGCCCAGCGAUGAUGCCGACAGCUCUGACGAGGAGGACGACGAAGAGGAGGAUGAUGAACGGAGUGCUCGACAGACACUCGUCUUCUCGGCCACAUUCGACAAGGACCUGCAGACCAAGCUGGCAGGCAAGGGCAAAUCUACAGGGAGCGACGAGGAGAAGAUGGCGUAUCUGAUGAAGUGCCUCAAGUUCAGGGGCGAACCCAAGUUUAUCGACGUCAACCCUGUCAGUCAGAUGGCGGAUGGUCUGAAGGAAGGACUCAUUGAGUGUGGCGCCAUGGAGAAGGAUCUUUAUCUCUACACUGUUCUCAUUCUUAACCCUGGACGACGAACUCUUGUCUUUACCAAUUCCAUCUCGGCUGUUCGUCGUCUUACGCCUCUUCUUCAGAACCUCAACAUGACGGCUCUCCCUCUCCACUCGCAGAUGGCGCAAAAGGCUCGUCUUCGAUCUCUUGAGCGUUUCACAGCUGCGCGAAACUCGGUCCUUAUCGCCACCGAUGUCGCGGCUCGUGGUCUCGAUAUCAAGGAGGUGGAUCAGGUUCUGCACUACCAUGUGCCACGCUCGGCAGAUACGUAUAUUCAUCGCUCGGGUCGUACGGCGCGUGGUGAGUCGAGUGGUGUUAGUGUUAUUCUUUGUGCGCCUGAGGAGGUUUUGCCGACGAGGAGACUUGCGAGCAAGGUUCAUGCGGAGCGUAGCUCGGGUGCUAAAAGGGAGCAUUUUAUUCAGACGCUUCCUGUGGAUCGCAAGAUGGCGUCGCGACUUAAGCCUCGAGUGGAUUUGGCCAAGAAAAUCGCGGAUUCUGUUCUUGCCAAGGAGAAGGCUCACAGCGAUGACACAUGGCUACGCAACGCGGCCGACGAGCUCGGAGUUGAGUAUGACUCUGAUGAUCUGGAGGCCGUCAACGCAUCAGGCGGCGGUCGAGGUGGACGUGGAGGAGGCCGUCGGAGAAAGGAACAGGCAGCCAAGGGCCUGACAAAGGCCGAGAUGGGAGCUCUUCGGGCACAGCUGAGGGAGGAGCUCUCGCGGAGGGUGAACCUGGGCGUGAGCGAGCGGUACAUUACAGGUGGUAGAGUAGACGUUGGUGCCCUGUUGAGAGAGGGUGAGAAGGGGGGAGUGUUUUUGGGAGGCAUGGAUGGAUUGGGGUUUGAAUAG